CUAUGCGCUAACUCGGCGCCUAGAUCAGUGUUUUUUCGUAAGGUCACUGAAGAGAUUUGGAGAAAGACGAAGGAGAUUUACGUAUAACCUUCUGAAGAAUUACACACAUUUUUUAAAAUUCUAUAUAUAUGCCAACUAGACAACAUUGGACAUCUACUGAUCUCUUUCAUUAUAUAAAAACAAAUGGAUAAGAAGAAACUUGACUUUUACUUCUCUCUACUUGAAUCAAGUGUCCUUUGUUAUCAGCAUCCGAUAACUGGAUUAAUACCCUCCUCCCCGAAUAGUACACAUGCAUGGGUACGGGAUAAUGCCUAUGCUUCAUUAUCUAUCUGGGGUCUUUCAUUAGCCUAUCGAAAACUGCCGGAUGUCGACGAAGAUCGUUGUCGAAGUUAUGAGUUAGAAAAGUGUGCUGUCAAAUUAAUGCGUGGCAUCCUGAUAUGUUAUAUGAAACAAUCGAAUAAAGUCGAAUUGUUGAAAAAAACUCAAAACCCAUUGCAUUCUUUACAUGCAAAAUUUGAUAGUACCUCGUAUAAAACAGUUGUUGGUGAUAGUGAAUGGGGUCAUUUACAAAUUGAUGCAAUUUCAUUAUUUCUCCUUAUCCUGGCACAAAUGACAGCAGCUGGUUUAAGAAUUAUUUGGACACUUGAAGAAGUAGCCUUUAUACAGAAUUUGGUUUUCUGUAUUGAACAUGCUUAUCGUAUUCCUGAUUAUGGAAUUUGGGAACGUGGAGAUAAAACUAAUCAUGGAUUACCAGAAUUGAAUACAACAUCUGUGGGAAUGGCUAAAGCCGCUUUAGAAGCUCUUACAGACUUAGAUUUAUUCGGUGCUGAUGGAAGUUAUCAGUCAACAAUCCGUGUAUCAUUAGAUGAAUGUGAACAGUGUAAUAUAGCGAUUAAAAGUAUGCUACCAAGAGAAUCAAAUUCUAAAGAAACCGAUGCUGGAUUAUUAAGUAUUCUAACAUAUCCUGGAUUUGCUGUCACAGAUGAUGAAUUAAUCGAGUGUACGCGUAGUGCAAUUAUACGAAAGUUAUUAGGCAGAUAUGGUUGUCGACGAUUUCUACGUGAUGGAUAUCGUACUGCUAGAGAAGAUGUGAAUCGUUUAUAUUAUGAACCAUGGGAAUUACGUAUGUUCGAUGGGAUUGAAUGUGAAUGGCCAAUGUUUUUCGCCUGGUUGGUUAUUGAUGCAAGUUUUCGUGAAGAUUUUGACGAUGCAGAUCGUUAUAUGCAAAUGCUUCAAGAAGUUGUUAUACCAGAGUGUGCACAUUCACAAACAAGUAAAAGUAGCAGUCGAAGUACAAGUCGUCGAGCAAGUGAAAUAGCCCCGCAAAUACCAAAUAGAACGUGUUAUUUUGUCCCAGAAUCCUAUUCUGUACCUAUACAAUCUAUUGAAGCAGAGAUCGCACACCCACAUACACAAACACGUGUUCCAGUCGGUGCAUUACCCCACAUAUGGGGUCAAUCGUUAUACAUUCUAGCAAGUAUCAUUUAUGAAGGUUUAUUGUUACCAGGGGAAAUCGACCCACUUGGAAGACAUAUGGUUGCUGAACCAAAACCUGAUCUCUCAGUACAAGUUGCACUCGUUGCUGAGGAUAAUGAUAUUAAACAUCAGCUGAUGGAAUAUCAAGUUGAUGUACAAACAUUUGAAGAAAUUUCCGAUGAAGCUGGUAUCAAUAUAUAUCCAGCUAAAAUUCUUGGUCAACUUUAUAAACAUUUAGGUGCUUGUGAAAAGCUGUCAUUAAGUGGACGGUCUACCGGUGAAGUUGGAAUAUUUUCGACCAGUCAAUUUUAUCGAUUAGGUGAUGAAACAUUAGCUUUCCUGCCUCAGUUCUUCGAUCAUCAAGCGCUUUAUUUAAAUUUAGAUGUGGAAUUUCUUUUAGACUGUUUUCGUACAUGUAUUGGCUAUUUAAAACAUGCAUGGACUAGUCCGGGACGUCCCUUACUCUUAUUUCCAAUAUAUCGUCGAUAUUUCCGUUCAGGUCGAACAAGUAUGCCACCUGCAUUAUCUGCAGCAAUUAAGAAAAUGGCUACAGGUUAUAUGAAUGGGACACGUGUUACAGUUGGUACCCUCAAAAAUUUUGAAGAGACAUCGUGUUUAAGACAGAUAGACUUCAGUGAAUCAGCUCAAGCUUUACUUCAACGAGCUAGAGAAAUGAAUACUGGUCAGUCAUUACGGCGUCGAUUAGCUUCAAGUAUACGUCCGGAUGGAUUAACACCAUAUGGAUCAGAUGAGAAUUCAUUGAAUGUUUUAUCAAUGAGUGGUGGUACUGGCUACGGUGGCGGCGGCGGCGGUAAUACUGCCGAUUAUCCAAGUCCAGUGUUUACUGGUGCGUCAUCCCCAGUCAUAUCUGAACAGGAUAGUUUUGAACGGCAUAGUAUGCGUCGUAAAUCUAUGGCAUUAGCACAUGCUGUUUCGUUGGAUUUAUUCAAUCGUGAUACAGUGGAAUGGACCAAUGAUUCACAAGCGGAGGCGAAUAAUUGGCCGUCUGAAAUCGAUGAUUCCACAGAUGUACAAACAGAUGAUGAUGGUGAAAACUGUCGUCUAUUACCAGCUAAAAAUGAAGAUUUAACGUCGAAUGCAUCACGUUUAGCGCUUAAACGUAUUAUAAAUCCAGAAAAUAGUCCAUCAAUUGCGUCGACAUUAAAUCGACCUGAACAUGAACAACCUACAAUCAAAUAUUCACAAGAUCGACAACAAUCGCAGCAACAACAGUUAGACGUAAAUUAUACUCCUACAAGUCAACAAUAUCAACGUUCAAGUCCAUCUUGUCUGUCUUCAGAUCAAAUAACACCGACCAAUAGCCCACCACAUUCAGGUACACAUAGUCGUCGGACAUCAGAUGGUAAAUCAAGUCUAUGUGGUGGUAGUAGUGGUAUAGAAUACACAGAUUGGUUAAAUUCAUCUACACCAGAACAGUUAGUUAAACGAUUAAGGUGUACAGAUAAUUUAGCGGAACAAGUUGAACUCCUUGGUCGACUACAUCAAUUACAAGGAUUGGAUUGGAAUACUGGUAUAGAUCCAACACAACCAGCUACUGUUAGAUCUCUACUAAAAGAGGUGUAUGAACGUGCUACUCAAACUACCUCAUGGUUUCUGUUACGUUAUACAGCUGGUCUACUGGGAAAACGUGCUGAUAGCUUAGCUAAAUCAUUGGCUGAUAUCUUGGUGCUACAAAAACAAGUAACAGUUGGUCUACCACCAGAACCACGUGAAAAGGUUAUUGAUGCACCGCUGUCACCUGACCAAUUGUGUGAAUUAAUCCAAGAAGCUUGUGGUGAAGACAGUCUGAUGACAAUACUUACACAGGAAAUUUUAAUUUACUUGUCAAUGUUUGCACGUACACAACCUCAACAAUUAGCAAAUAUUCUACGUCUACGUAUUGGUUUAAUCAUACAAAUGAUGGCAGCUGAGCUAGCCCGUGGGAUGGGUUUAACUGUUGAAGAUUCGUUGUAUGCACUGUUUUCAAUGCGUCCCAUCGAUAAUAAACGUCUGUUGCAUAAUCUACUAAGUGGUGAAGAUAUACGUAUGGUGAAAACAAAUAGAAAUAACGCUCGCAAAUCCACUCAUUUGUCACCUAUCAAAUCAUCCGCCAGUAGUACAAUAACAAAUCAAGAUACUACUAUGCAAUCCACUUUGGAGACAAUAUCCGGUUCUGUAAGAAAAAAAUCAGUCUCUAAUCGUCAGCAUAUCAUGACAUCACGUAAACAAUCUAUUGCUGCUGCUGGAAUGACAAUUGAAGAGGCAACAGCGGCAGCUGCAGCUGGAGAUGACGCCUCUCAAUCUGAUCUACGUAAUCUAUGGAGCCGUCGACGUAAAAUUGACGGUGCAUUGAAUCGUGUCCCACCAGGAUUUUAUAAACGUGUCUAUACUAUAUUAAGUCAUGUUCAAGGCUUAGGGAUUGGUGAUCAAGUGCUUAGUCAUAAUUUAACUAAAGAAUUUGCGAGAAAUCAGAUGUAUAUGUCAUCGGUAAAGUCCAGAUCUUUCAAGUUUCUUUUUGUGUGGCUCCAACCUAUGCCCGUUCCCUCGCUGUCCGCCGCUGUUUGUCGCAUUAUCCAGUCUACCGGAAUCAGGAAAUUAACCAUUAGAGAUAGCAGGCGGCUAGCUGGCCUUGCCUUACUCCCAUCUUCACUUCUUCGAAGGAUUCCGUGAGUUUCCCGUUGUGGAUUACUUGACAUGCUCAGGAUUAUCGUUUAACUGUUGGAUGAGAUGUGUGUAAUUGUUGGCGUCCACCAAGUAUUAUUAUUCUAUUAUCUGUUUGCAAUUCUGUUAUAAUUAUUUUCAUUUUUAGAUGACAAUUGGUGAGCAUAAAUUUGCACUGGCUGUAGAACGUGUCUGUACAAUGGUUAGUACACCAGAAUAUCGUCAAUUGAUAAUUGAAGCAAUUCAUGUACUCGGCUCCUUAAUGAUGUAUGAUAUUGACAAUUCACUCUACCUAGAUUGUAUUGUUAAGGUUGAAGAUAUUAUUGAAAAAGCAAAUCAUCUAUUUUUAAUUGAUCAAAUGAAAUAUGGUGCAAAUGCUACAUUAUGCUGUGCAAAAUCAGGAGUCACUGACGCAUCAUCAUCGACAACAGCAGCAGCAACAACAGGUCGUCGACAAAGUCAUCUAAUGUGUCAUGGUAUGCAUAAUAUAUGCCAACAUUUUUAUGACACUCCACCAGCUGGUAAAUUUGGUACAAUGUCGUAUAUGGUACGGGGUGUUUCCCAACUACUCACUUGUAAUAAAUGCUGGAGUCCAGAGAAACGUCUAGCAAUUAGUUGUAAUGUCCAAUAAUAGUAGUAGUAGUAGUAACCUAGUACUACUCAAUUCAGUUGAUUCGAUUCGAUUCGACUUGAUUUGAUUUUCUUUCUCUCCCUUACUUAAAUGUCUAAAUACUUUCAAUUUUUGCGCGUAUAUUUAUGUGCAUAUUAAAAUUUCCUCUUCAGUUAUGAUAUGUAUUACAUAACACAUUAUACCUGUAAUGCCACAAUGUAUGUAUACACAAAAUACCUUUAUGAUUUUGCUCACCUCUUCUUAUUAUUAUCAUGAGUAUAGGUAAAAAGGCUUUAACUAGUCACAACUAUUUGUGUGGGGGCGUGUGUGUGCCUGUGUGUGUGUGUAGGCGUGUCUGUGUUUACCUCAUUGUUUCCACUUUCCUCUCCUCAUCAAUGACUGACCUGCUCCUAGUGAUGGUUAGUAGUUCUCCUUCAUUUAGUAGCCCUCUCCUGUAUCUCUCCUGUGAAUCCAUAAUCUCAAUCAUGCCUUACAUAUGAAUGUGCCCUGGUAUAGUUGGCUAGAGGCUUACACACGCUGCAAAACAGUCAUCCUGUGUCCUCCGGUCAUCUGCCUUCGGCUUGCUUAAUUUGUAUGUACCUCUCUCUUCUGCUGCGUUCUCGUCUUGUUUUUCUACUUAGGUUUUUCUCACCUUUCCCUCUCUUACUACACUUCAUUCUUCACUUCUAGUGUCAGGUAGUGGCGUUAGUUAGUUAGUCAGUUAGUUAGUUAGUCAAUAGUAGUAUUCACAUAGAUUAGUGUUGAAAAACAACAAGCGUCACUUUGUUCCACCACCACCUUCUUCCUGUUUUGUUUUUUCCUCAGCGUCAUUCUUUGUCUUUCUAUAAAAUUACACUUUUAUCAUCAUUAUUAUUAUUUCCUGAUGUGUGGGAAAUUGUGUAGAAAAAAAUAAUAAAAAAUAAUUUAAAAAAUAAAAAUCUUUUCCU